AUGAAAGACGGAUCAUUCACACAUUUACAUUUCAAUAACCCAAAUCAAUCAACGUAUGUAGAAAAUUGGAAACUCCAACCAAUGAAAUUUGACGAUAUAGAAAUCCCUCCACAAAAAUUACAACAAAAUUUACAACAACAACAACAACAAAAUCAAGCAGAAUUUUUUGAGGAAAUUGAAAAUUAUGAAAAUUUGAAAAAUGAUAAUUUUGCAAAUACAUUUGGUUCUAAUUCAUUAAAUUCAAAAAUUUUAAAAAGACAAUCAGUUCAAUUAUCUAAAUUUAUUGAUUUAAAAUAUAAUUUUGAAUUUUUUAAAGCACAAGGUGAAAAAGAGUUGGAAAAGUUUAAAGAUUUGACAAUUCUACCUAAUGUUAUUGACAAGUAA